AUGUGGUCCACUGAGAGCAUGGAGCCAGAGAAAGCACACAGCCAGAGAAGCUUCUUCAACAAGGUGGACGUGCCUGAUCAUGUUCACUACAUUGUGGCUUCAUUUGUCUUCGUCAUUGGGGCACUGGGCAUCACUGGAAACUCUCUGGUUAUGUUUGCCUUCUACAGCAGCAAGAAACUUCGUAACUUGCCAAACUACCUCAUCAUGAACUUGGCAGUCAGUGACUUCCUCAUGGCUUUUACGCAGUCCCCCAUCUUUUUCAUCAACUGCCUCUACAAGGAAUGGGUAUUUGGAGAGAUGGGAUGUAAGAUGUAUGCAUUCUGUGGUGCCCUGUUUGGCAUUUCCUCCAUGAUAAACCUGCUGGCCAUCUCGAUUGAACGCUAUCUAGUUAUCACCAAGCCUCUGAAGGCCAUCCACUGGAGCUCGAAAAGAAGAACCACUCUUGCCAUUCUCGUGGUCUGGCUUUACUCUUUGGCAUGGAGUCUAGCUCCUUUAGUUGGCUGGAGCUCCUAUAUCCCAGAGGGCCUCAUGACAUCUUGUACGUGGGACUAUGUUACGUACACGGCAGCCAGUAGGAGCUACACAAUGAUGCUGUGCUGUUUUGUCUUCUUUAUCCCACUGGGAGUCAUCCUUUACUGCUAUCUUCUAAUGUUUCUGUCUAUAAGGAAAACUGGGAGGGAAGUAGAACGUUUGGGGACUCAGGUGAGAAAAUCCACUCUCAUCCAGCAGAAAUCUAUCAGGAGCGAGUGGAAAAUGGCAAAAAUUGCCUUUGUUGUAAUUGUGGUCUACGUCCUCUCCUGGUCUCCAUAUGCCUGCGUCACACUGAUUUCUUGGUCUGGCCAUGCCAACAUCUUGUCGCCAUACUCCAAGACAGUCCCUGCAAUAAUAGCAAAAGCCUCCACUAUCUACAAUCCUAUCAUCUAUGCUAUCAUACACAACAAAUACAGGAUGGCACUGGUGGAGAAAUUUCCCUGCCUGUGGUUUCUGUCUCCCACUCCUCGAAAAGAAUGCAUCUCAUCCUCCAUCAGCGAGUCCUCUUUCAGAGACUCAAUCAUCAGCAGACAGUCGACAGCAUCAAGGACCCACUUUAUUACUGCCUCCUCCAACCUCUCUGACGUGUUGUUGAGGGAUGUGGAGAUGGAGCCUCUGGGCAGGAGGUCAGGCGAUUCCUUCAGAAGCAUAUCAUCACCACACAGUCAGUCCUGUAAGAGGUCCUGUAAAAAACAGUUAGACCGGAAGACAACCAAAACCCACAAAGCAGAGAAGCAUCCGUCUGUCAUGAGUGAACCAUCAAGGACCUGCGAUCACGAGCUGGUUUCCAGUUCUCUGACCAUCGCCGCUCUCCCCCUCCUAGUUCUUACCAGGAGGCGCAGCCACAGUCUGACCAGUGCGAUUUCAGAUGCCUGUGGCGAGAAAGGAAGAAUCUGCGAUAGGCUGAACAGCCACAAGAGCGAUUCUUUUGAUUCCCUGAAUUUUGGAAAAAUGCCACCCACAGACCCCAGAUCACCCCAACCCCAAGGUGUUCCUCGCAUCAUCGUCAUCAGUCCCACCACUGAAAGCAGCCUCAUUAACCAAGACAGUGUCUCCUUAGAAGACAGCAUUGAGACAAUGGAGAACAAUGUUUUUGUCACCCUAAACUUUUCAUCAGAAGUUUUUGAGGCACUUGAACUACUUUCUUGA